GGCAGCGUUCGCGUAGGCAGCGCACUGGGGGAGGGGAGCGGCGCGGUGUCUGGAGUCCUGUCGGUCCAGGUCUCCCCGCGAGCCUUGUAGCCCGCCGGUCCUCCUGCAGCCAGCCUGCUGGGCAGGGCCGGCUCGGCCGGGCCAUGGAGUCCUACGACAUCAUCGCUAACCAGCCCGUGGUCAUCGACAAUGGUUCAGGGGUGAUCAAGGCUGGCUUUGCAGGAGACCAGAUUCCUAAGUACUGUUUCCCAAACUAUGUCGGAAGGCCAAAGCACAUGCGGGUUAUGGCUGGAGCCCUGGAGGGGGACCUGUUCAUUGGACCGAAAGCAGAGGAGCACCGGGGGCUGCUGACCAUCCGAUACCCCAUGGAGCACGGUGUGGUACGGGAUUGGAAUGACAUGGAGCGCAUCUGGCAGUACGUCUACUCUAAGGACCAGCUGCAGACCUUCUCCGAGGAGCAUCCUGUUCUUCUAACGGAGGCCCCAUUGAACCCCAGUAAGAACCGAGAGAAAGCGGCAGAGGUGUUCUUUGAAACCUUCAAUGUUCCUGCACUGUUUAUCUCCAUGCAGGCCGUGCUCAGCCUGUACGCAACAGGACGCACCACAGGAGUGGUUUUAGAUUCGGGGGACGGGGUCACUCACGCUGUCCCCAUCUAUGAGGGCUUUGCCAUGCCACACUCCAUCAUGCGGGUAGACAUUGCGGGCCGGGACGUCUCUCGAUAUCUGAGGCUGCUGCUGCGCAAGGAAGGGGCUGACUUCCAUACCUCAGCUGAGUUUGAGGUUGUCCGGACCAUCAAAGAGCGAGCUUGCUAUCUGUCCAUCAACCCACAAAAGGACGAGGCUCUAGAGACUGAGAAGGUGCAGUACACCCUUCCAGACGGCAGCACGCUUGACGUGGGGCCUGCGCGCUUCCGAGCCCCUGAACUGCUGUUCCAGCCAGACCUGGUGGGGGAUGAGAGUGAGGGACUCCAUGAAGUUCUGGCCUUCGCCAUCCACAAGUCCGACAUGGACCUCCGCCGGACACUCUUCUCCAAUAUCGUACUGUCAGGGGGCUCAACACUCUUUAAAGGCUUUGGAGAUAGGUUACUAAGUGAAGUAAAGAAGCUUGCCCCGAAGGAUGUUAAAAUCAAGAUCUCUGCUCCUCAGGAACGACUGUACUCCACAUGGAUCGGCGGCUCCAUCCUCGCCUCACUGGACACCUUCAAGAAGAUGUGGGUAUCCAAAAAGGAAUAUGAAGAAGAUGGCUCCCGUGCGAUUCAUCGCAAAACCUUCUAAUGCCUACGGAGGGUGGACAUACUGGGAGAGAGGGAGGAAAGGGGAGCCAGAGCCCUUGACCCCUUUUGGUCUGGGUUCAUGUUCUAAGAUUAGGGUCCCCUGCAUGCCCUGACCCCGGAGCAGGUGGUGCAGUCAUGGUCACCUGCAGCCCUCCCCUCCCCCUGUGCUCAACAGACACACAGACACACAAAGAGUAAUGUUUAGCUGCAUGGAUGGCAGUCCCAAGGUGGAGCAUAGGAACUGAGGAACCCAACAUUGAGUUGGUGUGAGUGACCCUCUCAGCAGGGCCACUUUGGCCUGUGGUUCCUUGCUCUGGCCUUGAAGCUCUAAGACCAGACUCAUGUGCUCCAUUUGCUCUGACAGGCUCCCACUGGGGCUAGACUCCCUGGAUCUCUGGAGUAGGCUGAAGGGAGGGACAGCCAGGAGCUCCCUUCAGGGUGAUGAGGCACAGUGGUAUUUCAUGCUGCCUCCUCUUUCAGGCCUGACAAGGCAAAUGUUCUACAUAGGACUGACUAGAGAACAGUCCUCCAUUCCCAUUGAGGAAAUGUAGCCAAGAGUCAGAGCAUCAAAGCCAUGGGCAGCCACAGCUCAUGGUUUGCCCCACUCUUUCAAAGCACUACACUGAUUUGCUACUCCCUCCUUUUUCCCUCAGUGCCCUGGACAGGAAGGGGUUAAUGGUCUUUAUUUGCUGAGGGAAAGCCAUUUAAUCAUAACUCAGACCCAAAGGGUAGGCAUGUUCUCACCUCCCUCAAGAAAGGUCUUCACCAUGACCAGGGCCUCCCCUCCCUCUCCAGAUCUGAACAGUAAUUUAACACAGUUGCCUGAAAAAUACUUGUUUUUAUAAAUCAUUAUAGUAAUAAUUAUGGACAAGGCCCUGUGUGUGGCUCUGAUUCUUGUGGCUCUGCUCUUGUUUGCUCACGCAUCCCAGGGAGUGUGGAGAGAAAGGACACUGGCAGAGCUCAGGAGCCUGAGGCAACAGGACAGGUGAGAGCGGCCUCGUACCCUCCUGCUGUGACCUGCUAGGGCUGCUGGGUGUGCCUCCCAUGUGUUAGGAGCACCUCCGCAGGUGUGCAGGCGCUGGCAGUGAUGCAGGCUUAGCAGCUUACAGCAGGACCAGAAGGAAGGGCAGCCUGGGAAUGAACCAGGCUCCACAGAAGCAGAGCAUAGUCUGCAGGAGUUCUGCAGGCAGCAAGAGCUCAGCAAGUAGAGAAGUUUGCUUGUUAGUAUGUUGGUGCAUACUGCACAACACGUAUUUGAGGCCGAGGAGAACGAAAUACAAAGCGUUCAUCUUAGAGGCAAAAGAUGCCAGCCAUUUUGGAACAGUGUUGGGCUGAUGGGGUUAGGGCUGCACCAAUAGGUGGGGCACACUGCCUUGUAAGAGCCCGGUCAGUCAGGGGUUAGGGAGAGUCCUUUGACAGUGAGGCUGGGAAGGGAAAUUGUCUGUGGCACAGUGACAUAAAGAGGUCAGAUAGGCUAGCAUAUGGAGGGUCUGAAGAAAGGACGUUAACUGUGCUAGGUGACAAAUUUUCACUAUGGAAGAGUAGUGACCAGAGCCAGGUGUUGAAAGCUGUAGGCCAAAGUACUGAUCAGGAAUGUGUGUAGGCAGUGGAUUCUGUGCGGCCGUGUGGUCAUAGCGUGUCAUCAAAGUUUACACAGAAGCCUGUGCUAAGGGACCCUGCAAACCAGCUCUUGUGCAGGGUUCUGUGGCCUCACUGGCUCCCAGCCACCUGUGUUUGGAACUUUUCCUGCUGAGCUCCUCCUCCUCAUGCCCACAUUUGUCAGUCUCUGAGUCUCUGGUCUACAGUACCUCUGCUACCCAUCCUUUCCUAUUAGGGCCCCAGCCUAGCUCAUGACCCUGCUCCAUCCUGCCCACCCAGUGUGUUUGCUCAUAAUCUACUGUGUGGGUAACCACCUCAAACCUGUAAUGAGUUAUAAGCCAUACAAUAAAAUAUUCAUGAGUC